UCAGCAAACGAAAUCUUCCCUUUAUUUCAGGACUCAACCACUCCGCCGCCAGAUCUCUCACGGAAAGCAUCCAACAGCACCCAGCUAUAAGCAUUUCCAGACCAUACUCAUCACCAAAGCUCUUCAGCGACAGAAGCACCAUCCAACAUGUCAUUCCUCUCGUUUGUCGUCGUCCUUUCCACUCUCCACCACCAAGCCAACGCAUCUCCGCUGCUCACACCUCCCCUCCAACCGAUACCUCCGUGGGCUCUCUACCUCCCUUCCAAAACCUCCAUCCUAUGCCUUGCUUUCGCCCUGCUCAUCGGAUGCAUCUUCCUUCAACAACGCCAUAUUGAGAAGCUCGAGCGGACCAUCAAAGAGAGCAGUGCCGGUGUGCAGGUUGAAAAGACGGUGGUUCCAGAGCCUGAAAAGAAGUCAGUGCAUAUCGAAAGUGAAAAGGGAGAUGUGCGGUUGAGCAUGGACAGGAUGGAUAUGGACAGCAUGAUUGUCGCCUUUGCCGACCAGUAUGAUGAUAGAAGAAUUCGGAGAAAGCGAUAGAGCUCGUUACUUGGGUUUCAGUGGAGCAGGUG